UGACGUCACGUGUUAAACAAAAGCUCGAGCUGCUGGUCACGACGCAGAGCUUGGUCACGCGCCCCUCCCACCCCGUAAGUGCUUUAUAACGGGACCGGCCCGUCCGGAGACUGACUGACUGACCACUCUGUAGCGUGAACUGUGAACGUCCGGCAAACAGCGACAGAUCGAAGAGAGGGACGCGAAGAAAAAGUGAUGUACUGGGACAAUCUCAUCAAACCUGCAGACAGAAAAGACCCGAAGAUAAAGAUGGAGAUUUGCCAGACUGGAUAUUACACAGAGGACUUCAGGACGCAGGAGGUGCCCGCUGGCUUCGACUUUGCAUCGUAUGACUACCUUGGUGAAGACCUGUCUUUUCUGUUAGACAGUAAAGCACCCGGGCAGCAGCAGUAUCCAGCAGAGAGCAGCUACCCGGAGCCACCGAAAGCUUCCCAUCCUUACGACACCAAAGUGUGCACCAGUGACACUGCUCUGUUCAACCUGGACUCGUGCCAGGAGUUCAACUGGUGGAGCUCCUAUCCACACGAUGUGUCGACCGUAGAUCAUCAGUCACAAACUGGAUACCAGGAGUCUCCACAGACGUACCAGAGCCUGGUGCCCCAGACUGGACAGUUCAGCCCAGCCGUGGAGGGCAGCCACAGCCCCUUUUUAACUGGGAAAGCAUCAAACGCACUACAAGGCGAGAUUGAUCAGAGCUACUACGACUCUGACGGCCAGAGGCACUCGUCGACCUUCUGGCCCGAGUACCCGUCUCACAGCUUCGCCGCCCCACUGCCACACCUGCCUCCGGCCCCCUGCCCCUCAGACGGCAGCCCCCGGUCCACGGAGCAGUACUGCCCCCGUGUGGCUAAACGCAAAACCCCACACCCUCACAGACCAGACAGGGAGGGCCAGAUGACAGGGAUGUCAGCUUAUCCAGGUUCUGGUCCGAUCCAGCUGUGGCAGUUUUUACUGGAGCUACUUCUGGACUCUGCCUGCCGGACCUUCAUCUCCUGGACGGGAGACGGCUGGGAGUUCAAGAUGUCUGACCCCACAGAGGUGGCCAAGCGCUGGGGCCAGUGCAAGAACAAACCCAAGAUGAACUACGAGAAGUUGAGCCGGGGCCUGCGCUACUACUACCACAAGAACAUCAUCCACAAGACGGCAGGCAAGCGCUACGUGUACCGCUUCGUCUGCGACAUGCAGGGCAUGCUGGGAAAGACGGCGCAGGAGGUCCUGAGCAGUCUGAACAUUUUGCCCACAAACACAGAGUCGUGGCAGUGCCCCGGGGCGCCGGCGGGCAGCGACAGAGCACAGCAGUGAAACGUGGCCAUCUCAGUAAGAAAUGGGGGACCGGACUAGACUGGACCGGAGCUGCUGGCUGAGAGUGACCAGCACAGUUCAACAGAGUACCACAGCCGAGAAAGUGAACACUGGCUCCUUCGAGCCCUGGCUGAACCACAGCUUCCCCGUGUGUGGGUGAUGUUGUCACAGUCAGACCAGGAGCCAGUUUGUGGAUGCUGCACUUCAGGGAAAACCAAAAACUCAUAAAUUCCCCACGCAAUCAGUCUUUAACGACAAUGUGUUACUUUUUUCUGAAAUACCAGAUCGUGCUAAAUGGAAGAAGUCUCCCAAUACCCGACGCAUAAACAUAAAGCUCCUUAACCUCAGGGGUAAAUAACUGUAGCAAUGUACUGGGUAAUUCUAGCCCUAUAUACUUUUUUUAUUUUACAAUGUCUGGGGCCAUAUUUUCACUUCACAUGUUUCCAGGGAGGAAUUGAUUUGUAAAUAGUGUUUAUAUUAACGCAUAUGUAGAGUUUUGUGCAUUUACAUUAUUUUUUUAAAAUACAAAACUCAUGUCUACCUCUGUUGCUUGUCAGAAUAACAUGAACUGAGAUCAUUUUCCCGGCACCCACUGUGAAAGUUGGUUGUUUUGUGUAAAUAAACUGUAUAUGACUAUA